CUCCCUCCACGCCUCCUACACCUAGCAGUGGAGCAUGUCCCCAUGAGUCUAUUCUCUUCCUUUAUUAUUGACCCAGUAGUCCGCCAUGCGCGUCGCAUUUCCGGUGCCAUACCGCAGGUCGGAGAAGGCGGCGCGCCUGAGGGUGUACUUUCACGUGCAAAUCGCAGUUCCACGUCUCCCACUCCAGCGAUCGCCCCUCUUGACGCGACCGUAGCGCACGACGAAGACGCUCCCCAGACGGAAGACGGCAGCCCAGUGAUAGAUCGCUUUCGACAGUACUCGCCGUUCAUUCGCCGUCCCCGCUCUGCUGGUGCAGAGGACGAGGGAGCAGGCGGCCAUGCCGGCAGCUUGCAUGAGCCUCCGUUAAGCUUAUCGCGCCGGCAAACAGCACCGAGCACGCCCAUCAGCAUCCCGGCCGAUGUAAGCAUGUCCUCCAAUCCGUCGCGCACACUCGGCACGCAUUUUGAACGGCGCCAUCUCGACUCGCCGCCCGCUGCAGCGCCCUCCACGACGACCCUCCAACGCCCGGGCAGCCCCGGGUUAGAUACAGAAACCGGCGCACAGCAUGCUCCAACCAUGUCCGAGGCGCUGCCCGCCGACGAUGGCAUGCGCCAUCUCCGGGCGCGCAUCCACGGCAUCAGAGACCUGAAGAUUACCGACGCGGAAAAGGCGCGCAUGAUGCACAGUCUGAUGACGGAGCGCUACAACUUCCUGCGACCAACCUCACCGAGCAGCUUCGUCUCGCACGACCGCCCCUUCACGCCUACGUCUGGCCAGUCCGUCUUCUCAGAAGUCCAGAUCUCGUCUCCCGUUUCCGCUGCGUCCGAAGUCGACCCCGAGAACCCCUUCAACCUGCGACCCGGCGACACCAACCCCACGUAUCGGCGUCGGUCUGCCGACCACACGGUAGGCAUUGCUGGGGAAGACGAGGACUUGGACACCUUUGAGGAGCAUGUCUCACUCGGGUGCCAGCACUAUAAGCGCAAUGUCAAGGUGCAGUGUUACGACUGCCGGCGAUGGUACACGUGCCGGCACUGCCAUGACGCCGUCGAGGAGGACCAUAAUCUGAACAGGGUGAAGACGCAGAAUAUGCUCUGUAUGGUGUGCGGCACUCCGCAGAAAGCCGCAGAGUACUGCACACAGUGUGGCACACAAUCGGCCUGCUACUACUGCGUCAUUUGCAAGCUGUGGGACAACAACAGCAGCAAGCAGAUCUACCACUGCACCGACUGCGGAAUCUGUAGGAGAGGCGAGGGUCUGGGGAAGGACUACGUACAUUGCAAGAACUGCAAUGUGUGCAUAUCCAUCGCCCAUGCCACGUCUCAUAAGUGCAUCGAGCGCGCCACCGACUGCAACUGUCCGAUAUGUGGCGAGUAUCUGUUCAACUCCUCCACUGCCGUGGUCUCCAUGCCUUGUGGCCAUUACUUACACAAGGAGUGCUACAACCAGUACAUGGAGACGGCGUACAAAUGCCCCACAUGCAAGAAGAGCGCCGUGAAUAUGGAACUGCAAUGGCAGAAACUAACGCAGGCGAUUGAAAGUCAGCCAAUGCCCGAGCAGUUCGCCAAUACUCGUGCAGUCAUUCAGUGCAAUGACUGCUCUGCCAGAUCUUCCGUCAAAUAUCACUGGCUCGGGAACAAGUGUAGCACCUGCGAUUCCUACAACACGAACGAGCUUCGAAUACUGAACGGUCCGGAAAGUGAGGAGACUGCAAAUGCUCUCCUAGAUGCCGAUGUCGAUUCAGGAGCGAGAUCACCGGUCAGUGUAAGCUCUCCCGCUUCCCAGCCGCUUCGCUCGCCUCGUUAUUAUUUCCAGCCCGACGAACCAGAACAGACAUGGCUCCCAGGACAGUUACCUUCUUUCCCCUUCCAGAUGCCUCAAAUGCCUCAGAUGCCCCAGAUGCCUCAAUUCCCAGGGAUGCCCCAAUUUCCGGGCAUGCCUCAGCUCCCACAGUUCCCCCAGAUGCCGCAAAUGCCUCAGAUGCCGGAUCCCUACGAGCUGAUGGAGCGCGUUCGUAAAUCGUUUGAUCACUAUCUCAACCCGACGGGCGAAGUCCGUAACGAGGACGUCCCGAUCAUCGACCUGGGCGAAGAGCACCGCGAACGCCGCGCCACGGAUGGCACCACUGUCCGGGAGCCCUCGCUUCCCCAAUACGUCCUCGAGCGCUUCCAUAGGUCUAUAUCGCCUCUUCGCAAUUAUCUGAAUCCAUCUACAGACCAAAUUCCUAGACUAGAUCUUUCCGAGGGACAUGACCCAGAUGAUCUUCAGUUCUGGGGCGAGGACGGCGGGCGAGUGGAUCACUUUCUCUCUGGCGGUGAAGUGGACGAUGGCGACGAUGAAGAGAGCAGCAGCAGCAGCGAGGAGAGCAUGGAUGAUGAAGAGGAGGAUGACGAAGGCGAUGUUGAGGAAGACGGCAAUGACAUUGAGCUACCAGGGCAUCGGUGACCUACUCGUAGGUAUCUUCGGCGUUCACAUGGAAAGAGGGGCUUCCACACUGGAGUAUGGAUUCAUCAAUUCCUGUGUCAGCAUUGGAGGUGUCAUGGAGUACUGGAGAUGCCUGGCACACUCUUUCGUGAACAUAAAUACCCAUCUCAUAUAGAAAAUAAACGCCCUAUGAAGCUCAAA